AUGAUUAGGCACGACUCGAAGAGGAGCUUGGGUACAAGCAUGGCAGGACUCCCUGACCUUGCCCAUCUUUCUCGAGUGCGCAAAUUGAGAUCUAGCGCUAAAGCGCUAGAUCCCAAUUUGACACAGAAGGAAUCAAUUGUGCACCAAAGGGCGAUUAGUGAAUAUGGUGAUGAACUGUGGUUACAACUACAAGAUCAAUUGCAAGGUAGUUUAGUUAAUAGUAAUAACUGUAGUUGCGAAAACUUUAGCUCCCAACCUCAAAUCAAUUGCAGAAUGCGUAAUUUGAUCUACGAUUUUAUCAUGUGUUGCCAUACAAGAUUGAACCUCUGUACGUCCACGCUUUUCCUAAGUUUUUCAAUACUGGAUCGCUAUACAAGUAGAUUCAUCGUGCGUAGUGGUAACUAUCAAUUAUUAGCAUUAACAGCAUUAUGGAUCAGUUCGAAAUAUUGGGAUUCAAAGAAUCGGGUCGCAACGCUACCAGUUUUACUAUCGUUAUGCUGCGAGCAGUAUACCGCACAACAGUUUAAAAAUACAGAAAUACAAUUAUUGAAAUACUUGAACUGGUCCCUAUGUGAUAUUGUUACUUGUGAUUCAUUGAUUGAUCUUCAGUUAUUUUUAAAAGGUGCACCAAAGGGAAUUGAUUUAAACGAAAUUAAAUUAGGAACAAUUAUGCUAUGUGAACUGUCUAGAUUUGAUCUUGAGCUUUCAUUAGAUUCUCAGUUGGAUAAGAUUGUACUGGCUGCAAUCACACUAAUCAAAUUAGCCAUUAAAUUUGUGAAGGAUGGACAAUACGAUAACUAUAAGGCAGUCCUAUCACAGAAUCCCAAGUGCUCAGAAAUUUGUGAAAAAUUAUUAAACUUGGUUAUUAAAAGGGAUAAUUUACCAUCGAGUUUCCGUUUCAAAUAUUUAAGAUCAGAUUCCAAGUCCAACAAGAGUUUACGGAUUAUCGAAUCAUUAACAGGCUAUCACAUGCAAUGGCAAUUGGAACAAUUUUUAACGACAGCUAACUUUACAAACAAUUUUGGUGAACAUUCAUGCUACGAAUUGUCACUAUCAUCAUCAUCAAACGAGUUUAACGAUAAUAAGCAUAAUUUGGCAUCGUCUCCUGCAUCGUGUGAUUCUGCCUCUCUCACUUCAAUGUCAAAUUCAAUAACAUCGGCAGCUUCUCCCUUUGCAUCUCCCAGCAUGGGCACUGAAUUGUCCACAAUUAACACGACGCAUACAACUCCAGAAUCGGUACCAACGCCAUCAUUUAUGGAGGCUCGUCAUAAUCCAUAUCAUCAACAUUAUCAUCAUUAUACGAAACCACUUUUAACUUUACAACCAAGUUUACAACACUCACAUUCUCAACUUCCGCCAUUAACUCCAACAACUCCUUCAAUAUUGCAAAGCAAGUUGAAAUUAAGUGCAUUAAGACGUACAAGAUCUGGUCAAAAUCACGGUCAUUCUCGUAAUCCGUCAUUUAAUACUAGACCAAUAAUGUCUACGAAUGCUUCAGCUAUUCAAUCAGACUAUUUGAGGACUCAUAGAAAGAGAGCUUCCUCAGAUAUGGAGAUAGAUUUUUUUCAAGAUCAUCUAACUUCAAAGCGUUAG